ACGUGAGAGAGUUACUCACAUAAAGCUGUCAUAACCUUUUAGAAAAGGCAUUUUUUAUAUCGUAUUUGGUUGUUGAGAACUUCAAGUGCCGUAUAUCCUGCACUUCAUGGCAAAUCAAAAGUACUGUGCUUUUAGAAUAAUAUUAUGUGUUAAUCAUUCGGGGUGCAAACUGUCUAAUAAUGUGUGAUUGACAUCAUGAGCCAUCAUCGAAACCAGGUGAACGUCCGUCGCAAUUCGUUCAAAAUAAAGUCCAUGUGAUAAGCAUUUAUUUCAAAAAUACCAGCUAAAAAUUGGUACUUUUCGGAACAAAACUGUUAGAAAAUAUUCUAGGAAGAAAACGCACUUAUAGAGGGUUAGAGGAAAGUGAUCUGGCGGCGACAAUCGUAAUUUGAAACAGAAGAAGAGUUGGUAGCUUGAGAAGUGAAAACUGCAUAUCAAGUAAACGAAAUAUUGCUGAUUCAAAUUUUCUCGAUAAAACUGGGAUGCGGCGUAUAAAAUGGCGAGGCACUCGAUACGGAAGUUUAUAAGCGUUGUAUUAUUCCAGUGUCUUGUAUCGUGGGUUUGUCGUCAUUCAUCGCAAGCAGAGGAUUUAAUCACCAGGAGACGUCAUCAUCACGUCUACCUAUUCUUUCCUAAUGGAAGCACUUGGAACGACAACCGAAAGAAGUGUCUUAAUAUGUCAGCUGAUCUGGUCUCCUUGGAAACCGAAGAUGAAUGGAAAUUCAUUACCAAUGAGCUGCAAAACAUGACAAACCGGUUUCAGGAUGAGUGGCACGUAGGGCUGCAAAGGCGUGGUGAAGUAUCCAGCAAAGCAUGGUUCUGGUUGACGGGCGUUCGUCUUAACUAUGACCACUGGCAACCAUACCAACCAUCUGGAGACGGUAGAUGUGUUAAUAUAGCAAGAGAGUACUUGAAAAGUACUGGGGGGUUCAACGACCUGGCUUGUCUUGGAUGGUAUAGCCCGAGAGGGUUUAUAUGUGAAAUGGACACGCAUCGAGACCGUGCAAAAAAUGGACCAGUGUACACGGAGAAAUGGAUCAAUAUAGGUGGAUAUAAAAUACAAAAUCUCACAAACCACCAGAAGUUCCCAAAUCGCCCUGACGAAACUUACUACGUCAAGUCGUUCCAUAUUACUAACGAGAAUGUACCGGAUUAUGGCAUACGCAUGAGAUCAUACUUCUUGGCGCCAAUGACGGGCAACUUUACUUUCAAUACCGCAUGCGAUGAUGCAUGUAUGUUAUUCUUAAGCGAUGGAAUUAACCCUAAGAAUGAGAGAAGGAUUUUAUAUCAAGAUGUAGCGGCUGGAAUCAAUGAUUAUAAAGACUCGAUGGAGUCAAGAUGGUCCUGAAAGAGCUGCAGUCAAAUAUCGCCAACACAUCCAAUCAAAGCACACCAAAAAUACUCAAAAAUACCAUGCAGACUGCAGCAAGAAAGAUCACGUUUCUUUUGGACGAAAACGUAAAUACAGAGAAAAGCGAGGAGACUAGUGACGAGGGGCUCUUAGUAUCGAGGGAAGUUGAAAACCUUGGUAAAAUGGUAGCUGAGAAAAUUUCCAAUAAGGAUGAGCCUAUUGUUAUGGAGUAUCCUAGCAUAGUAAUGCAAAUCAAGAAGUUGAAUGAAGACUUUGUUUUCCCAAACAAUAUUCUUGAAGUUCCUUUCCCUUCAAACGACGAGAUAACCAUUAAAAGAUCUAAAUCAGACUCAGUGAAUUACCUCGUGUUCAGCUCUCUUUACAAAAACCUAGAUGACCUCAUACGAGAAAACAUCACCACCAUUGAUGGAAGCCAAGAAGGAAAAUACUUUCUGAACAGUAGAAUCAUAUCCAGCUCUCUGGUACCUCGACCAGCACACAUGGACAGGGAUGCAGUACGUUUAAGACUUGAUCACAAACGAUACAAAACAAGUAAAGAUCAAGUCAUGGUGUGYGCAUUCUGGAAGUACAAUACAAGUAGUGAAAACGCCACCGGUUCAUGGUCAACUGUUGGAUGCCGAAUCAGCCGAAAAGAAUCCAAUGAAAACUACACCGUUUGUCACUGUGAUCACUUGACUCACUUUGCGGUUUUGAUGAAAGUGACAGUCGAUGACAAGGACAAGCCUAUGUCUAGGUCCCACAUAGUUGCACUGGAAGCCAUUACAUACGUGGGAUGCUCCUUGUCUUUGAUUGGUGAAGUCCUGACUAUUGUAACUUUGACUUGUUUACGUUUGGCCCGAACAGAGACCAACACGAUCCAUCUUAACUUGGUGACCGCCUUGGGUUUGGCGCAAAUCAUCUUCUUGUCAGGAAUCGGUGCGACAGCCAACAGGGGGGUUUGCAAAUUUGUAGCAAUCGCUCUCCAUUUCUUUAACCUGGUAGCGUUCUGUUGGAUGUUGGUUGAAGGGCUCUGGUUGUACGUGAUGGUAGUUCGCGUCUUUGACACCGGCUACAACAGGAUUAGGCGAUAUGUUAUCGCUGCAUGGAGGUUUCAUGAUCUUUAUUUUUCACUGCGUGUUAAAUUCCGAGGUACGCAAAGCAUUCCGUAGGAAAAAGCAGAUCUGGACCGACAGCCACCUCUUCCAGUGUCACUCCGCGUCCCCACCCCCUAAGUAUGAAAGUGAAAUUACGUCUAAAGAGACCAGGUCUACCUCAAAUGGAAUGGAGAAGAGGCCACCUUCUUCGUCUUCAACUUCGAGGAUUUUCCUGAGAUGAGAUGACCAUUUGCAGAAGAAGCUCGUGAAACUACGUUACUUAAACUUGACAAUAUAUCAAACUCUUGCGUAGGAUUACAUAGACUACUUAUACAACUGAAAAUAUUAGACAAACAUAGCAUAAGAAACAAUAAUAACAACGACAACAAACAAAAAKAUUUUUUUUAAAUUUCGAGCUCCAGGCGAUAGUCGCUUACUAGAACGAGCUCUGAAAAACAUAGACUUGUAAUAGGGAGCGAAGUGCAUUCUGGUCUAGCUUGGGUGUAAGCAUCUUUUCAUGCCAUAUAUAGACGACAAUGCAUUUUGUUUAUGCAACUUAAAAAAUGCUAAUGCAUGGUAAAUAGGAUUAUUCAAAGCAUGUCUCUUUCUUUUUUUAUUAGUUUGCAGAGAAGCAAUUAUUGAUUUUACGAACAUUGCAUCUUACCAGCUGAGCGGUGAAUUUUGUUUCAGCCAAUCACGGCACAUUUAGCUGUUUUACCGCCGGCCUUCAUUCCCAGGCUACUAUAACCCAACUUUUGCGGCAUGUUUUUCGGUUUUCGUUUGACUAAAAUAUAAUAUACAUGCCUAAAAGAAACGAAAUAUGAAAAGAAAGAAUAAAAAUAAUUUCACUUUACCGCCAUGUUUACUUCAUUCUUUCGAGCUCAAAAAAAAAAAAAAAAAAAAAAAAAAAAAAGCUUAUGGUCGGUCAUUUUGUCCACUCAUGCUUUGCGCGCAUCGUACAUCGCUCAGCUGGUUAUUAUAAAACAGAAUUAUUGUCGAGAUAAAUUUACAUUUCUGGGCGUCCAUAUUAUUCUUUUAUGAGUUUGACUAUUAUGGUGCAUUGUGGUUUAGCUUGGGUACGAAAAACACCAUCCAAGGCAUGAUACGCAUGCUCGUACCGAAGCUAUAAGUGAAAAGUAUUACCGCUGUAGUGGUCAGCUAUAGCUUUAUUAUCCAUCGAAUUAUUAAACAUAGCACCUAUUGAUGGUUUUCAAUCAUUCCCAAGAGAAUUAGAUAACAAAAGACACGGCGGACAUAUUGGAGGAUAUAACAAAAGAAUUCAUUGACAAUUCUUUUGUUAAGUUCCUCCAACAUGGCCGCCAUGAAAACCAUCAAUUGUAUAAUUUACACUGUAUUAUUGUAUUCAGAACAAGCUAUUCUAUAGAGCUUUUAAGCUAGUGACGUCAAUCGUAUGGAAUUCAAAGAAACGACUUAUGGGCCCAAAAUGAUAAGAACUUCUAGAAACAUAUUUUUUUCUUCACGACAAGAUCAUUUUCUAAAGUUCUUAUUAUGUUAGGUCGAGGAGUUUAUCUAUCUUUGCUUCAUUUUAGCGGUUCUUAAAGAGCAGUUGGACCCGAAAAUACGUCACAACUUGAAAAAUCUUUAGCUUGUAUUCUCACCUAUUCCAGUUUCGUGAUAUCCUUAACAAAACAUAGGCCAAGAAGGCUAGUUAAAAUUAAAUUAAAAUAAGGUUUUAAAAAUGAUUGCAGUAAACUGUAUAUUUACGUUAAAAGAAAGUUGUACACGAUAAUAGGCAUGUCAUGUUUCUUGAUCAAAUUCACAUUUUUUCCGGUCAGAAGAAUGCGAAAUAUACAUGAACCACGUGAGUGUUAUCUAUUUUCUUGCCGUGGUGUUUGCCGUUCGAGUCCAAGGCAAUUUGACACAGCGUCACUGACGAAUUUGGUAAGAGCCGCCAUAUUGACUUUUUAAUUGCUACGAGUGAUGCAAAGGUUUGGUGUUUCUGACAGUACAUGUAAAACUAAAUUUCAAAUAAAUAAUCACGACAAAAUGA